GCCGGUGUUACCUGUCACGCUCUCCUCAGUUCACUCCCCGCGAUCCCGGACGCCAUUAGCAACAAGCACCACAGGUCUCAGCAGGCUUCGUCUUCUCUCACCCGCGGAAGCUAUACCGUUGCUCUUCCGUCGAUCUGUGCGCGCGAACAAGUUAAUUACGUGGCUUGGUGUGCUCGUCGAUCGCCAUGGCCGACGACUCAUCGUCCCCGGCGUCUUACAUCCGACUGGUGCAGCAUCUGAUCGAGAAGUGCAUCUGCUACGACAUGAACAAGGAGGAAUGCGUGCAGGCGCUGGAGAAGCACGCCAACAUCCUGCCCGCCGUCACAUCCACUGUGUGGAAGGAGCUGGAGAAGGAGAACAGGGAGUUCUUCGAGACGUACAAGAAGGACCGAGGCGGUGAGUCGCCGUCGCAGAAGGGCAGUCCUUCAGACCAGGCGUCGACCUCAAGGAGCUCAGACGACAACGACGACUAGGGGCCGGCCGGAUCCAUGCAUAUAUGCAUGGCACUACACAAAACUAAAAUAUACGAGGGUGUGUGUGUGUGUAAAUAAAUCGCAGCUAGCCACGCCACGCCACGCACGUACCCCUGGCUCAGCUCUAGCUGGAUGAUCCACCGAGCAGACACUCCUUCAGUUGGUUGGUCCGAAAUUGAAAAGAUUCAGAAUCACCAGUCCACCGGAGCCUCUGGAAUCUUGUAUGCAUACUAGUAAGCCAUGUUGUACACGUGGAGGAGGAGAAUGUGGACGUCCGGAGGAGACGACGGACGUACGCGGGCGUUGCGGUCUGUAAUUUGUACCCAUCUGUACAUACUCCUUACAUGUGAGCGGCGACUAGCUUGUUGCUGUCAGAGGAAAGCCGGUCCUGUCUUGUUCCGAUUCC